AUGUUUAUGGAGACGGUCUCACUGAACGAUGACGCGCCUGAACGUCCGUCUUCUACUGUAAUGGAUGCCGAUGCGUUGGAGGCCAAGGUGGUGCAAAUAGCUGCAGGGAAGUCACAUAAGGGGCCACAUAGCGCCGCCGUCUCCGUCUCAGCCAGUCGAGAGAAUCAGAUAGAAGACGGUCGAGGGUCAUUCUCCUCAGAUUCUGAGUACAGUCGCGUCAAUGGCUCUCGUGUCGAGGGUUUUAUUGCAGUGGACGUGGACGGGACUGGCUCAAUGGCUCAGGACCGGACCGAAAUGAAGGCCAAGCACAAGCAGGAGCUCGUGCUGCCUCCACUGCGUGUAUUGACGCCAAAGGUUCUGGAUGAAGACCGGGACUAUGUGGAUGCAACGCUCUUUUCUCCGGAAGUGUCAAGACAUGCAAUGGAAGUCGCUCAUCGUCGGGCGGAAGCUAUUGCGAGCGAGGUGAAGGAAUUGAUAGACGUCGAAGUGGAACUUACUGGCCCUCCAAAGGCAAAACUGUCACCUGCUGAAGCUGUGAGCAUCAUUAGUGGUGCGUUCGCCAGUUCCAUCCAGCGGGCCAAGCAGCUCGUGAAGCCAGGGACGAAGGAAUACGAUCUCUUGGCCGGGUCAUCCCCGUCAGCUACCAUGUCAAAGCUUGAUGAUCUUGACGCAGAUGGUGAUGGUCUGCAGCUCUCGCCGGAAGCUAUGCAAAGCAGUGGAAACCAGUUUUGUAGACAACAGCUACGACCGGCUUUAAAGCGUCUCUCGGCUUACUCGACAGCUGCUGCGCUCGAGCCGGACAAGAAAGUGGUGGGUACUCCAGCUCAGAAGAAGAAAAUUAUAUGGCACGAAGACGUGCUGGAUGCUGAUGAAGAGUUUUGUGAAGACGACAGUUGUGAACAGGAAAUGCGUUCGUUGAAGGGUGACGACGAAGAGGCUGGCCGUACUCCUGGCAGUGGCAGUCCUCGGUCUCAGCUGCUGAACAUGAAUCCUAAAACUGGUGAGCACGAGACGCCGCAGGGAAGGAAGAAGCGUAAAAAGAUCGUUCGAUCAAUGAUGCGACGGUUGACGCCACGUGAGAAGGAGGAGCUGUACCGGCAGCGACCAGACUUGAUGAUUGUGCCAAAUUGGGCGCAGAAGUACCGCGAAGAUCUUGCUGGUGAAGACACUACUCGUUGUAACACGGGGCUGCUAGGUCUCAUCACCGCGCUUGCUGUGCUACUGCUGGUGUUUGUGUUCUUCAUCGUGCGGCAACGGGCUGCUGCCACGGCGACGUAA